AUGCUCAGAAGAUCCAUUAGUCGGCCUGCGCAAAGGCUGCUUAUGACCAAGUCUCAUUUAGAGACUCCUUUCUAUGGUAAAGUAGUACAGGGAAGUAAGUUUACCCCGGAGUACGCGCAGUAUCUAAAGUUGCCCAAUGGAGAGGUGGGAUCUUACUUCCACGAUAUUCCGCUUGAACUGAACCGCACUGACAACACUGUAAACAUGGUAGUGGAAGUUGCACGGUGGUCCAAUGCAAAAUUUGAGAUUUCACGAACUAGACCAUUUAAUCCCAUGGUGCAAGACAAUAAAAACGGCAAAGUCAGAUUUAUAGACAAUGUCUUUCCUGCUCACGGUUUCAUUCACAACUACGGGGCGAUUCCCCAGACGUGGGAGGAUCCCACGGUGCCGAGCACACACGAGGGUGUCGAGGGAAUCAAGGGAGACAACGAUCCGUUGGAUUGCUGCGAAAUAGGCUCUGCAGUUCUCUCCAUGGGCGAUGUUAAGAGGGUGAAAAUCCUCGGGUCUUUGGCUAUGAUAGAUCAAGGCGAACUGGACUGGAAGAUAUUAGUCAUUGACACAAAAGACCCGUUGGCUCCGCAAGUUCACAAUCUAAAUGACGUAGAAACGCAUUUCCCUAAAGUAUUAGAAUCCACACGCUCCUGGUUUCGCAACUACAAAAUUCCUACGGGUAAACCGGCCAACGAGUUUGCUUUCAGUGGCCAGUACAGGGGCAUUUCAGAAACCUUGUCAGUCAUUGAAGAAUGCCAUGAAUCGUGGAGAAAGCUGUUACGGGAACUGGAGGGCAACGAAAGUGUGCCUCAAACUAAGAGAGCUGGUGCAGGUGUGGUAUACGAAUCCCAAGAGCUCCCUGACGCUCCAAUUCCUCCAGAAAUAGGCAAAUGGCAUUAUAUAAAAUGA